AUGACUGACACUUUUGUCGCUCAGUCUCACAUCCUCCACCGCGCCUUCGGGCAGAGGCCGGAAAAUGUCGUCUCAGCUGAGGGCAUCAAGCUCGUACUGGAGUCUGGAAGAACCAUGUACGAUGCUACAUGCGGACCAUCUGUGUCUGUUUUGGGCCAUCACCAGCCCAAGGUUACAGAGGCCAUCACUCGCCAAUUAAAACAGAUUGCCUACGUUUAUUCCGGGGCUCGUUUUACUGCUGAGCCUAACGAGGAGCUUGCCUCCAUGAUCCUAGGAGCUUGCCCUGGAGGCCUAUCCAAAGCCAUAUUCGUUAAUUCGGGUAGCGAAGCCACGGAUGCUGCGAUCAAGCUGGCCACGCAAUACUGGCACGAGAGGGGCCUACCAAAUAAGAGCCACGUCAUUGCCCGCAAGCAAAGCUACCAUGGUAACACUAUCGGGGCACUUAAUGUUUCUGGGCAUACAUCCAGGCGCGAGAUUUAUCGUGAUUGGAUCUCUGAAAACGUCUCUUUCGUGGAUCCUUGUUACGCAUUCCGCCUUCAGAAAGCUGACGAGAGCCCCAACCAAUACCUUCAGAGGCUCCGUGACCAACUUGAGGCCGAAAUCAUCCGUGUCGGGCCUGGAAAUAUUUCAGCAUUUAUUGCUGAGACUGUGAGCGGAACGACGCUGGGUUGCUUGCCCCCUGUUCCCGGCUACUUUAAGGCAGUGCGAGAGUUGUGUGACAAGUAUGAUAUUCUGCUUAUUUUAGACGAGGCAAGUUAUAUUUGCACGGAUCAUACUAUUAUGUGUGGUAUGGGCAAGACAGGGACCAUGCAUGCCUGGGAACAAGAAGGCAUUCGAGGUCCCGACAUCCAAACAAUCGGAAAAGCACUCGGGGGAGGCUUUGUCCCCCUUUCUGGUGUACUCCUUCAUCAGAAGAUCUUUGACGCCUUGGCCGCAGGCUCCAAAGGACUCCUCCACGGCCACACUUUCCAGGCGCACCCCAUUGCCACGGCAGCUGCUGUGGCGGUGCAGAAGAUCAUCAAAGAACUAGACCUGCUGAACAACGUAGCCAAAAUGGGCAAGGUUCUUGAGGAAGCCCUGGAAGAAAUGAUUCGGCCACUGCCUUUCGUUGCAGAUAUUCGAGGCCGGGGGCUGUUUUGGGCAGUCGAAUUCUUGGCCGACCCAGAAAGUGGUGCGCCAUUUGCCGAAAAUGCAAAAUUCUGCAACCAAGUAGUAGAUGCGGCCUUUGAGAACGGCUUGAAUAUUCUAGGCAACCUUGGCGUAACUGGCGAUGUACACGUGGAACACGUUAUCGUCGCGCCACCUUAUAUUGUCUCUGAGUCUGAGAUCAGAGACAUCGUUCAGCUUCUCGAAAUUUCUAUCAAGGAUGUCAGUCGCCCAUUGCUUAAAUCACGACAACAAACUCGGAGCACAUCAGCAAAGUCAAGUUUAUAA